AUCAUUUGACUUGAUCAUCGUCUUCCCCACCUCUUUCAUUCAAAACUAUUACUAGUAAUAAUUUGGAGCUGCUUAGGGCAUCGAUGGAGUUCGAAUGUGAGAGCAAAAUCAAUGGGGGACGACGAGUUGGGCUGAUAUACGACGAGAGGAUGUGUAAGCAUUCCACUCCAGACGGCGAUCCUCACCCCGAAAACCCCAAUCGCAUUCGUGCCAUUUGGAACAAGCUACAAAACGCCCGAAUUCCACAGAGGUGUGUGGUUUUGAAUGCCAAAGAAGUAGAAGAUAAAUAUAUAGCUUCAGUUCACAAAAAAAAUCACAUUGAUUUGAUUAAGAAUAUAAGCUCCAAAAACUUCGAUUCGGAAAGAAAUAGGAUUGCUGCCAAAUUUAAUUCCGUAUAUUUCAAUGAAGGCUCAUCAGAAGCUGCUUAUCUUGCAGCUGGCUCUGUCAUAGAGGCUUCUGAGAAAGUUGCCAAAGGGGAAUUGAAUUCCGCCUUCGCUAUUGUCAGGCCUCCAGGACAUCAUGCAGAAGAAGAUGAACCGAUGGGAUUUUGUCUACACAACAAUGUUGCUAUUGCAGCAAGUUUUCUCUUGAAUGAAAGAACAGAGUUGGGUAUUAACAAAAUCUUGAUUGUUGAUUGGGAUGUUCAUCAUGGAAAUGGCACUCAGAAAAUGUUCUGGAAGGAUCCUCGAGUACUGUUCUUCUCAGUGCAUAGGCAUGAGUUUGGGAGUUUUUAUCCAGCUACUGAUGAUGGCUCUCACAUCAUGAUUGGAGAAGGAGCAGGUGCAGGAUAUAAUAUAAACGUCCCUUGGGAGAACAGUUGGUGUGGGGAUGCGGACUAUUUUGCAGUUUGGGACCAUAUAUUAAUUCCCGUUGCCAAGGAAUUUAAUCCAGAUAUGAUAAUAAUCUCUGCAGGAUUUGAUGCAGCUGUUGGUGAUCCUCUUGGGGGCUGUUGCAUUACUCCGUAUGGGUAUUCUGUUAUGUUAAAAAAGUUGAUGGAGUUUGCUCGGGGUAAGAUCGUUAUGGCAUUAGAAGGAGGAUACAACCUUGAUUCUUUAGCAAAUUCAGUCCUUGCAUGUGUAGAAGUGUUACUGGCCGACAAACCUAUUUCUGGAUCUUCAGAGGCUUAUCCAUUUGAGUCCACAUGGCGUGUAAUUAAAGCGGUUCGUGAAAAUUUGAGUGCAUUUUGGCCAGUAUUUGCAGAUGAAUUGCCAAAGAAUUUGCCUCGUACAAAGACGCCACCAAUUCAGAUCUCAAGCUCUGAUUCUGAUAGUGAGCAUGACAACGUUAUUUUAUCAGAAGAUCUUCAGGAGGCUGUUCAGGAUGUUAUACAACCCUUGUCGAAGUUGACUGUCUAUGAAGAUAGUCACGAAUGUACGAGUGAAGCCAGCAUUGUUUCUCCCCAUUGGAGGUCAAAGCUUUCUCAGACUGAUGUUUGGUAUGCUAGUUUUGGAUCAAAUAUGAAUAAAUCAAGAUUCCUAUGCUAUCUUCAAGGUGGACAGGUGGAAGGCAUGCGAAAGCCGUGUUUUGGUUCGAGUGACAAAAGCUCGCCAAAAGAGAGUCUGUGGAAAACUGUACCUCAUCGUUUAUUCUUUGGCCGUGAUCAUACGAGCGCUUGGGGUCCUGGAGGAGUUGCUUUUCUUCAUCCUGAAAGUAACAUCAAUGAUAAAGCACACUUGUGCCUGUAUAGAAUUACGCUUGAGCAGUUCAAUGAUGUUUUGCUUCAGGAGAAUGUGCCAAGCUAUGACAUGAGGUCUCCUUUAUUUGAUUUGACUGCUUUAAAUUCCAUCGCAAAGAAACAGUACAUUUCUGUGGAAGCUGUCAAGAGAGGCUGGUACAAUAAUGUCAUUUAUAUGGGGAAGGAGAACGAUAUUCCAAUACUCACGAUGACGUGCACUCUUGCUGACACCAAGAGUUUCGAAACUGGGAAGCUUCCUUUACAUGCACCAAACAAAGAUUAUGCGGAUACCUUGGUUAAAGGCUUAGUAGGCGGAAACCAGCUCUUAGAAGAGGAAGCCAUUGCUUACAUACAUGAAGCUUCAACUAAACCACUGUGAUUGGUUCAUAUUUAUCCAUUCGUUCAGGGAAGCAAUCACUUAUUGCUAGUAGGUAACCUUAGUUAUGGACACAUUGAUUAGGUAGUUGUGGCAAUUAGAUUAUGAUUCAAUACUAUGGAAGUGAUUUAAAUGGCAUGCAUAUGAUUUGCAGUCUAGAUCAGAUAUUAGAAAGUUGAGCAACUAAUGCAGUUGCAAGUAUCAAUGAUCUUUCUCGCUUUAAGCAUAACGUUCGGAUUA